AUGACACCAGGUGACCCGAUGAAGAUAAACGAGGAGCCGUGGGAGUCUUUAAGAGAAUACUUCGAUUCUAAAGACUGCAACCAACUCUCGUUGUUAGUCUCAAUCAGAGACUACGGCAUUUCCAGCGCUCUCCAUUUCAUAGAUGGUCAUGGCGAUAAGGUCACCAGCCUAAAUAUCACCCUUUCGUUCGGGUCAGCCAUGUUCAAUAAUAGCCUAGAGACGUCGGCCUUGAUCGCGCAAUUAACAAAUGCUCUACUCGCAACUCCCAACCUAAAGCAGUUGGAGCUUUCCUUCACAGAUCCAAAUCAAGAAUACCGUAUCUGGCCAAUUCAAUCAUUAUCCGAGCCUCUUGCAAGCCUCCAGGGUGCAUUUGACAAACUGGAAAGAUUAGAUUCACUUCGAAUCAACGGGAUAUUUAUCCACCCUUCUUUCUUCCUCAAAGUGCCUAAAUCCGUCAGAAAUCUGGAGCUGCAAUGCAUGACCUCCCCGAUCUGGUGGCGCGAGUUCGCAACCUACCCCUUCGAAAACGUCGAAAAUUUAGUAUUAUACCACGAAAUUGGUGAACCCCGCUGGGGUGAUCACCCCUCGGAAAUAACCGAUGGGAUACGUUUCGGUCAAUAUCCCAUCCUCCUCGGAUCCGUUGCUAUCUCUACUUUGAAAAGCUUCUCAGGACAAGGAUCGCUCUCCGGUCCGUCUGAUAUAUUAGAAUGUAUCCUCGCAAAUAACAAGGGACUUGAAGGAAGACAUAGCUUUAUAGCGGACUGGGAUAACGAGGUACUCCCAGAAUUAGAGUCAUGUGGGUUGAUACUACUAGAUUGCCUUUCGGAGAGUGUCAUACGUUAUAAAAAAUAUUGUACUUGGAAACAUCAACAGGCGAACGGCGGAACCAACGCCCAAUUGGUUCAGUAUUUUUUUAAACAAUGCCUAAAGUCUUUGGAAAAGAGAGUGAAUGAGGUGUAUGGGCAAAAUUACUCUUAG